AUGUAUGACGAAUCUGAUGAUUCUCUUAGUUUAUUAAUUUCAAGUUAUUGUUAUUGUGUAUCAAUUAACAAUAUUAACUUCGAUCAAGAUGAUAUGAAUGUGUUUCGUAAAUUACUUAAACAUUCUUCACCAAAAGUUUUGAGAACAGUACAUGUAGGACUUGGCCGCGUUCUACAGAAUACUUCAUUAUUAUUUGAAAUGCUUGAUUCUGAUUAUAUUCAAUGUUAUCAUGCACUAAUCGAAUCAACAGCAUACUUGUAUCUUUACGAUGUCCGACAAAGAAGUGAAGACACUGUGGUAGCGUUCGUUGAAGAACAUUCUAAUCUUCUACCAAUGGUUGUAGUCAAUUUGUACAAUAGCAUUCGUCAUUUCACGAAUGAAGUAAUGCAUGCUAGUACAAUAGAUUAUUAUUUAUCUUACGCAUACCCUGAAUACGUAGAAGUAGCAAGCUUAAUAGCUGUGCGAAUGCCUGCAGCAUUUUGUGCAUAUGUAAAAGAUUGGCAAGAUGGGGAUAACUUGAAACGUGCACUGUUCUUUACUAGCAAACAACAUAAUUUUCCACAACGUGCUGCUUGCAUAACUAUUCUAUCAAUAUUUGGUGAAUUAACAGUGGAACUAUGUGAAAUGUUUAUUGAAGCUUUACGUGAUGAUUCACAUAUACAAAAUACUUGUUAUAAAUGCCUGACACGUAUUAAUUGUAUUAAAGACGAGAAAACCGUCCUAAAUAUGUUAUUCUUCUAUUUGAAAUCAAAAUCAAUGAAUGUUCGAUAUGUUACAGCUAAAAUUCUUCUUCAUCUUUCUAAAUCUUCUCUCAUUCCAUUGAAUCGAGUUCAAACAGCACUGAAUAAUCUUAUAUUGGAUCCGAGUUCAAACGAGAAUCUUUGGUUGAUUAAAGAUCAAGACAAUACUCAAACAGAGUGUGCGUACUAUUAUGCUGGACCAUUGAAAGAUGUUGUUUAUUCUCUUCUCAUCCAACAUUCGGCUGGAGAUGCAAAUGAAACUAUUCGAAGAAAUGAAUUAAAUGAUAUUGAAACAAGUUUUGCUGAAUCUGAACAAGCAGCUCGUUUUGCUUCAUGUUUUUAUGAAGCGAAAACGGAAGAAAAUCUACGAUUAGAACAACCUUUAAAAAAGGUCAAGUUGGUUAACUGA